AUGUUCAGCAGGUUGAAAAGGUUGAUAAGGGCGCCCGAGCCUCCCCCUGCUCCAGCCGCUGCCCCACCUUCUGCAGCAGCUCCACCAGCGAAGACCUCUCCAGCUCCUGCCCCUGCUCCAGCUGCUCCAGCUGCUCCAGCUGCAGCAGCAGGUGCUGAUCCUGCCAAUCCAGAGGGGGCUGAAGGUGAAGAACGCCCUCCGACUCCACCUGUUGUCUACACCCGUUACACAGAUGACUGCCUCAGAUUUGUGAUCAAGAAGUUAAGAGAGCGGACGCAGACGCUCAAAGAGAAAGUCAGCGACCCGUAUGCCACUUCUCCGGAGAUCACCCCACCUGUCACGCCCAUUCUGAGGAAGGAGGACUACAUCAGAUUGAAGGAGGAGGAGCGCAUCGCAAAAGAGGAAGCGGAUAAGAAGAAGGCAGAGGAGGCGGCCAAAAAGGCAGAGGAGAAGAAGAAAAAGGAUGAGGAGAAGAGGCUGGAGGCAGAGAAGAAAGCUGAGGAGGAGAGGCUGGCAGAGGAGGCCAGGAAAAAAGCCAAGAUCCUCCCGGACAUCAACUGCUCCUGCUUCGAGGUCCUCCUUCUUCCCAUAGAAGAGAAGAUGGAUACGAUCCUGGGGACCACCAUAGAUCCUUUCACAGAUCGUCGGUACAUAAGCUGGUUGACUUUCGUAGCGGUGGCAUACAAUUACAACGCUUGGUUUUGCUCUGCCCGACUGGCCUUCCCUUACCACAACCCCUUUAUGAACCCCUUCUGGAUAACUUGUGACAUUCUUAGUGACGUAGUGAAUGUUAUUGACAUUGUGGUUUGGCAGCCUCGGCUUCAGUUUGUCAAAGCCGGAGACAUUAUUAAAGACAGAGUCUUGACUAAAGAACAUUAUCGGAAAUCGCAGCGAUUUAAGACUGAUAUGAUCAGCAUCAUCCCCUUUGACCUUCUCUGCCUGUAUUUUGGAUUCUCUUCUAUAUUCCGACUCAACCGCUUCAUCAGGAUUGAGUCUUUCUUUGAGUUCAGUGAUCGACUGGAGAGUAUCAUGGCAAAGGCCUACAUCUGGAGAGUGGCUCGCACCACAGGCUACCUGCUUUACAUGCUGCAUAUCAAUGCCUGUAUAUACUAUAGUGCCUCAGUAUACCAGGGUCUGGGAAAGACCUUAUGGGUGUAUAGUGGAAAGGGCUCAGCGUACCUGCGUUGUUAUUACUAUGCUGUGCGCAGUCUGAUCAACAUCGGGGGUCUUUCAGAGCCUGUAACCAUCUUUGAGAUUUGCUUUCAGAUGGCUAACUUUUUCAUUGGUAUCUUUGUGUUCUCCAGUUUGAUUGGACAGAUGAGAGACGUCAUAGGAGCAGCAACAGCAGGUGAGACAUAUUUCCGGGCAAAUAUGGAUGAAUGCGUUGCCUACAUGAACACCUAUACGAUCCCCAGGCAUGUCCAGAACAGAGUCCGGACCUGGUACAACUACACUUGGGCUGCUCAGGGCAUGUUGGAUGAGUCAGAGCUGCUGGACAAGUUGCCUCUGGUGAUGAAAACGGCCAUCGCUGUGGACAUCAACCUGGCGACUUUCCAGAAGAUUGCACUGUUUCAGGGCUGUGACCAGCAGAUGUUGGUGGACAUGUUGCUGAGGCUCAAGUCUAUUAUCUUUCUACCAGGAGAUUUUGUUGUGAAGAAAGGUGACAUCGGUAAAGAGAUGUACAUCAUCAAGAGUGGAGCGGUGCAGGUGGUGGGAGGACCUGACAACAGUAUUGUGUUUGUCACACUGAAGGCUGGCAGUGUAUUUGGAGAAAUCAGUUUACUACAGUCUGCCAAAGAUGGUGGAAACAGGCGCACAGCAAACGUUAGAGCACAUGGCUUCGCUAACCUCUCUGUCCUGGAGAAGAAGGACUUGUUUGAUAUUCUCGUCCACUACCCAGAGUCUCAGAAAGUGUUGGCCAGGAAGGGAAGGAAACUGAUCAAAGCCAAAGGCCCUGCAGGUGCUAAAACAAACGAGGAAAAGCAGAAAGGACUCACCCUCUUUGGACCGAAACCACCAACACCAAAGCUGCUCAAACUCUUUGGCAAUAUGCGCAAGGUAAGUUUUCACACUGAGGCAACAUUCUUCAUAGAGAGAUAGCUGCUGAGUAGCAGGUGGUGUGAUUUAGCAGUAAACAAUUUGAAAUAAGCCUGAAUUUGUCAAUUUUUGGAAGCUAAGUAAUUAAGUAAAUACCUUUUCACUUUUUAGAAAAAGUAUUUACUUAAAUACAGUUUUAGAACAUUAAAUCUACCAGAGAAACUGAUGAGCCUCUAGUAUAGUAUUAACUUUGUGUCUUUUUUUUGGUCUUUUGUCCACAGAAAAAUGCAGCGGAAAAGAAAUGAGAUAUGUGAUACUUCUGAGCUUCAACAUUUCACAUUUGAAUCACUUAUGUUCCACUUUUCAUUGGCCACUGAAAGGCUCACAAGGCAACAGAUUCACAAGGAGAGUUGUGACAUUGUUCACUUGUUGCAAUUUCUAGUCCAUUCCAACACCAAAGCUUUCAGAUAAAUGAUGUGACAGUCUUUAGCACAAACAUUUAACUGAAACCAAUGAGAUGUAAUGAAAAGUUGCAGAAACUGAGUGGAAAUGUAAUUAUAAUCUAAUAAUAUUCACCUUGUAAACUUUUUGCUUUAGAUAUAAAGAAAUGUCUAAGUUUCGAUUGAUUAGUGCCAGUAGCCAAAUCUUUGUAUGUAUAUUGUAAAUUGUGCUUCAUUUUUCACACAAAAGAGGACAUCUUUACUACAAAAUGUGUUGUUUUGUUACCUCAGGAUGAGCUCUUUCACACGCCAGACUGUGAUCCUGUCUGUAGUUAUUUAGUUUGGACUCUGGAGUUUGUUUUUUAAUAAAUGAAUUAGAAGAACUGGAAAGUUAGCGUGAGCAGCAUUAGCAUUGAUGUUUCUAUGGACACUGUGAUACUUGUUUCCACCAUGAAAUUUACCACUAUUGGAAGACAUUAUAACAGACAUAAUUCCAGCCUGUCAAGCUGAAAAUUUUCUCCAUGAAGAAGCAAACUUUGUACAGCCACCUUUCAAGUCUACAUAAGGUAUUUCAUACUCCAAUGUUAGUUGCAUGUUGGGGUAGCACUUUUAAUUCAAGACUUGUUAAUUUGUCCUCUUAUUCUUACGCUUGCUGACACUUUUUAUUCUUUUCCUCUCUUCCAUUUUCAUAAAGCACUUUUGUACAAUUUUUUGGAUAACUGCUAUGUGAUUAUAAUUAUUCACAGGUUAACUAGAUAAUACUAUACAUUAUGGUAACAAAGGAGAGACAGGAAAGAUACACUUUAAAAGUCAGUGUUAUUUGGUAAUGAUAACACCUGAGCAGCCUGAAGCUUCUGACAGACAUUAUGAGUCCACUUCACAGAAUAAAACGCACAUAAAGCUAUAGAAACAUGAUUGCUAAUUUAAAAAAGCAGUGUAACAUGACACAUAAUAAAUGGG